GCGAGCAAGGCCGACAACGAGCGCACAAUGAACAGCCUUAAUGACAUUUCACAGCAAAUCCUCGCUAGGCUGCCGCUCUUCAGGCUCAAGGACCUCAUCAAGGCAGUUCGAGCCUGUAAGACCGCGGCAGAAGAGCGAGCCGUUGUCCAAAAAGAAUCCGCAAAAUUGCGUACUGCAAUCAAGGAAGAGAAUAGCGAUGCUCGCCACACUACCGUGGCAAAAUUACUCUACAUCUACAUGCUUGGAUACCCUGCACAUUUCGGCCAGAUGGAGUGUCUUAAACUCGCAGCUAGUCCAAAAUUUGUCGACAAACGCUUAGGUUAUCUCGGUAUUAUGCUGCUCAUCGAUGAAAAAACCGAGGUUCUUACACUCGUCACCAACAGCUUGAAAAAUGAUUUGAACCACCACAAUAUGUAUAUUGUUGGUCUAGCCCUGUGUACAUUGGGAAAUAUCUCAUCUUCCGAGAUGGCUAGAGAUCUAUGCUCUGAAGUUGAAAAGUUAUUGGGAAGCUCCAACACCUACAUCCGCAAAAAGGCUGCUCUUGCUGCCUUGAGAAUAAUCCGACGCGUACCCGAGCUUCACGAAAACUUUAUUUCAAAGUCAAAGGCGUUGCUCAAUGAUCGUAGUCAUGGUGUUCUUGUUACAGGUGUGACACUUAUUACAGAGAUGUGCCAACAACACCCAGAGAAUGUCCAGCUUUUCAGAAAGGCUGUCCCUCUCCUUGUCAGACAUCUCAAGAAUCUUGUAAGCGCUGGAUUUUCUCCAGAGCAUGAUGUUACAGGUGUAACCGAUCCAUUCUUGCAAGUCAAAAUUCUGCGCCUUAUGCGUAUCUUGGCUAAGAAUGAUCAAGAAGCAUCUGAUGCAAUGAAUGAUAUUCUUGCUCAGGUUGCCACUAACACUGAAAGCACUAAGAACGUUGGAAAUUCGAUUCUGUACGAAACUGUACUCACAAUUAUGGAGAUCCAGAGUGAGGCCGGUUUGAGAGUACUUGCUGUUAACAUCCUUGGAAAAUUCUUGAGCAACAGAGACAAUAAUAUUCGAUAUGUUGCUUUGGAAACGUUAAAUAAAACAGUCGGUAUGGAGACCCAAGCAGUACAGAGACAUCGCAAUAUCAUCCUUGACUGCUUACGUGAUGGUGAUAUUUCCAUUCGCCGCCGUGCUCUCGAGCUUAGUUUUGCACUUAUCAACGAGGGAAAUGUACGCGUCUUGACAAGAGAGCUUUUGGCAUUUUUGGAGGUUGCCGAUUCCGAGUUUAAGCAGAGUAUGACAUAUAAAAUAUCUCUGGCUGCGGAGAGAUUUGCUCCGAACAAGAGAUGGCACAUUGAUACUAUGCUGCGUAUGUUGAAGCUGGCUGGAAACUUUGUACGGGAAGAAGUUCUUGCUGGAUUUAUUCGCUUGGUUGCACAGUCCUCAGAAUUACAUCAGUAUACUGUUCAAAAGCUUUACGCUUCUUUGAAGCGUGAUAUUUCGCAGGAAGGUCUUGUUUUAGCGAGCGUGUGGGUUAUUGGAGAAUAUGGUGAUGUGCUUACCACCAGCGGAAGCUUUGAAGACGAGAAUGUAACAAUGGAGGCUAAUGAAACGUCUGUGGUCGGCCUUUUGGAAUCUAUUCUUAUGGGUCCUUAUGUUAACCAACUCACCCGCGAGUAUGUCAUGACAGCCCUUAUAAAACUUUCAUCUCGAUUGAAUGAGGCUUCAGUACAAGCCAAGAUAAAAGACAUCUUACAACGUCACACAACAAGCAUGGAAGUGGAAAUUCAGCAAAGAGCUGUGGAGUACAUGAAUAUGUUCUCUUUUGAUGAUAUUCGCCCUGCUGUUCUCGAACGUAUGCCUGUCCCUGAGACCCGUACUAUUAUUCAAACAAACAACAACGGCCCUGAUAGCCCUGCUUUGGAGCGCUCUUCUAACAGACCAGGACCUAGCGACCAAGACCUUCUUUUGGAUUUGAUGGGUGUAGGAACAGCGUCCGGUGGAGGAUCCAAUGAUGUUAUGGAAGCAUCCCCUCAAGUUCAAAAGGCAACAAUUCCCCAGAAGUCUCAAAAUUCUGAUCUUUUGGCCGAUCUGUUUGGAACCAGUGGGUCUUCGGAACAAUCCACCUCAUCUCCUGCCCCUGCUGCUGCAAGUGGUGGUAGUGCGCUGUUGGAUUUGCUGGGCGAUAUAGCAGGAGAAAAAUCAACGCCUGCUGCUUCUACACCACCACCCUAUGCAACUGGACUGGAUACACUUGCCUCACUUGGACAGUCAUUGCCAAAUUCGAGAUCUCCUGAGUUGAGUGGGGCAGGCCUCCAAGCAAACAAUAGUCUGCCUCCAGUUUCUAAUGGGCAUCAGGCUUAUUCUAAAAAUGGACUCACCAUUUCAUUUGUUCCCUCGAGGGACCGCAACAAUGGAUCAAUCAUCAAUAUUCAGGUUCACUUCCAAAAUAAUGGUUCUCAGGGAACUAUUUCAGGCUUACAGUUCCAAGCAGCUGUCCCCAAGAGUCAAAAGUUGCAAAUGGCAGCAGCUAGCAACAGUACAGUAGAUCCUAAUUCAACUGAAAAGCAACUUAUGCGGAUUCACAACCCACAACAGACGGCUGUAAAAUUGAGAUUACGUAUAUCUUAUAUCCUGUCCAGUACUGGACAAAGGGUGGAUGACCUUGCAGAAUUUGGACCAUUCCCUGAGGGUGCUUUCUGAGGUUAAUCGCAUAUCCCCGAACCAUGAAAAUUUAAUGAUUUGUACUGAUACGAAAUAAAAUGUUCACAAGAUUUUAUCACGGAUAACCUAAUACUAUACUCAUAUUCAAAGUAAAAUUAUCUGACUUAUCAAAUAAUAAAAGUUAUUCUAGAUGAAAUAAAGU